CAACUAACCCACGGACGGCAAGAAGACUACCAAUGGACGUGUUUGACGACAUUGUGCAGUUUGCAGAUGAGCAGACGCUGUCGUGUGGCAGACUCGUGAAUUUCCAGCCGCUAUGUUGUGAACACUUGAAUGUUAAGCCAUUCCCAAUGGGUGAUAUCCGUGAUGUUCGUAUUCAAGAGUCGCUUAUAGUGAAGGACUUAUUGUAUGUGCUUAUGGGCCUUGAAGGCUGCUACAUUAGAUUCUCUGAGAAGUACGAUCCAAGCGUGGAGCAGAUGAGAAUGAUGGGGCCUGAUUACAGAAUCAACAAGCAUUUGGACACUAGCUUGAAAGACGUGACAAAGAGAAUGGUUUCAAUGUCACGCAUGUUUUCGUCCUUGGUUUGUUUUACAGAGGUGUAUGGGGCUGAAUCUUAUGGACAGGUUGUACAUGCCCUAGUGUCGGAAGUUCGACAAUUCUUGAAGAGCUAUGUCAACUUUUUAGAUCAAAUGGAACAGCAGUUCAAGACAAACCGUUCGUUCACACUAAGGCAAUUUGAGCAGGAUCUCAAAGCAAAUAUCUCAUAUAAGAUGCAACAUCUCUAUGACAUUGUACAAAGCAUAUACCAACUGAACGAACUGAGAAGAAGAGAAACCCAAGAGUCAGCUUUCAAUAACUUCAUUGAUAACAUACGGCAAGACUUACGACAAACUGGAUCUGUUGACUUGUUAGCUGACUCAUCGCAUCACCACAGUGUCAAAGGCGGUCUUGUUCUCAAGAUCAUCAGUGAGAAGACUGAAACAAUAUCUGGAGAUCUCAAAUCAAGUGAAUUCCUCAAACAGUUGUCCAAUAGCAUCAGUGUCGGUUAUAUUCAAAUUCUCAACGACUGGAUCACUAAGGGGGAGUUGAACGAUAUGCAUGAUGAAUUCUUCAUUGUGACCAAUCUUGCUCGUGAUUUCAAAGUGAGUAGCUUAAACUCUGAACAGUACUGGGAUUCCAAAUAUGUCAUAAAGAAAGACGGACUUCCCAAACAAUUUGAAGAUAGUGAAAUACGGACAAAAGUCCUCCUUACAGGAAAAUAUCUAAAUGUCUUAAAGGAAUGUGGGGUUACGUUGGACUCAUUCUCUGAUAUAACUUUAAGCUCAUUAGAUAGCUCUAAUUUGCACUAUGUGAUCGACGAGACGUAUUCCAUUGCCAACAGAUACAUACUUGAACUUUUCAUGAAAGGCUAUAACUUCAGAAGCUUUUUAAAGACGUUACAACAUUACUACUUAUUAGACAAUGCAUCCAAGAUGGUGGAUUUUAUCCACACAAACGCACAUGAGCUUAAAAGACGGUACGACCAUGUAUCGAUCUCAAGACUCGAAAGGAACUUCACUUCUAUAUUUGACGAUGAUAAAAGUUUGGUUGGACAAUUAGUGAAUGUUACGUUAGAGAAGGAGUCUGUUUAUGAUUACCUUCUCGAAAUUUUAAGAGUUGAAGCUAUUGAUGCUGAACAGGCUCUUAAAAGUAACAAUUUUGAAUCUUUGAAGCAUCUGAUCUCACAAACUUUAGACGUUGAAAAGGACCCUACAAAUGACGAUAGAUCUUCCGAAACUCUCUGUGGUAUAAACUAUUUCAAUCUGGAAGUAAUAUUGCCAUUCCCAUUGAAUUUGGUCAUUACCAGAACAUCUGUGAUUCAAUUCCAGUUAAUAUUCAGGCAUUUGAUGGUGCUUCAUUAUACUGAUAGGCAAUUGACUGAGACUUGGUCUGAAAUUAACAAGAACAAAAUUUGGAAGUACAAACGAUUCAGUACCCCAGUCUCUACAUGGAUUAAAAGAGCAAGAUCCUUGCACGAUCGGAUGACGGAUUUCAUCAGAAUAUAUAUGUCAUUCCUUGUGAAUGACAUUAUUGAUCAAAACGGUAAAGUCCUUGAUUGUGAGAUUGAUAAGAUUGAACACUUUGAGGACUUUGUUGCUGUCUUCCAAUCGCAUCUGAACGGUAUUCUAAAGAGCUCCAUUUUGACAACCGAUAAGUUGAUCAAGAUGUUUAGCAAAUUGAUUCAAAUUGUCAAUGCAUAUUGUUCGUUUCUUCUAUCAUUGAGAAAGGUUUUGAUUCUUUUGGACUACGAUCUAUUUGAAAAGUAUAACGACAGACUAAAAGGUCAAGAUUUUGACUAUAACAAGAACUUGGGGAGAUUGGAACGUCUAAAUUCUUAUCUGAACGAUUACCUGGAAAGUUUUGGACAACAUUUGAGUGGGUUUGUCGAAGGAUUAAGAUACUUUGGAGAGUUGGAAACCACAGAUUUUAUCAUUCUAGUAACGAGGUUAGAGAAUGCCUUCCCAGAAAAUAGUGCUACAAAUUAAUACACUAAUACAUGGACCUUUACUGAUAAACACCCCAAGAGAAAAAAAAGCAUGAUAAUUAUAAAACUGUUAUCGUAAAAAGUGAUUGAAAUAUCACCAGUCUCAUCCUUCC